UACUCCGGUCACGCGCGUAGCCCAAACCACCACAAGGGCCGCGUCGGUGGCGGCGUCCAGGCCGCCCGGAACAUCUCGCCGUCGGAACGACGAGGCGGCGCGGCGGCUCGCGGUGUCCGGGCGGAUCCACGAGGGAACGGCCCCUCCGAGGUCGCAGCGAUGCCGGUGAGGCGGCGGCAGCCGCGGCGGAGGGAGACGGGUGCGGCGGAGAGGUACAGGGAGAUGGGGAUAUCGGCCGCGCUGUCGCGGCCGUGGGACUACCCGACGGCGUGCGGCGAGAUCGCCGCGCUCCUCCGAAUCGGGUACGGCGACCUCCCCAAGGCCGCCCAGGCUCUCGUCGCCGGCGACGUGCUGCUCGCGUUCCGGCUCCUCCCUGAUGUACAGACAGGAUAUGCGUUAAGCGCAGCUAAUGGUCUUCUCCAAGCUGUAGACGGUUCCCUACCAAAGCAAAAGAAGGCACAGGCUGUUUCAGAGUUCAAGCGUUCUGUUGUUGCACAUAAGCGGCGUGCUAGGGUUCAACAAGAUCCAGGUGUACCACAUAUACCAUACGAUGUGCUUGUUCAUAUUUUCAGUUUUCUUGACAUGCGCUCCUUGGUAGCUGCUGGUCUUGUCUGCUGGCCUUGGAAUUCUGCUGCAAAUGACAACCACCUGUGGGAAAUGAAUUACUCCCUUUUCUUCGGCAUCUGCCAUAUAAACUGCAAUAGCACACCUACAGCUGGUAAUGUACAGAACACUGAUUAUCAUGUACAGAAUAGCAUUUAUCAAGUAUCUCCGGAUCCUGGUUUUAACUGGAAAGAGGCUUUCCACAAAAAGUAUGCAGAACAAGAAACAUGGAGUUCCGCAUCAAAUAGAGCAUUAUGUGGAUAUUGCCGAUCUGUCAUUUGGUUGUGCGACUUGACGUGUGCUACUCCACACUAUUGCCUUAAUAAUGGAAAAGAUGGAGUAAAACUAGGACCUCUAUUACCUCAUACAGUUGCUGACUACAUAUUGGACAUCGCUGAUCUAGCAGCUUCAUCGACAGAAAGUGAUGAUACAGAUAGCGAUUCUGAAAAUUAUCCCCAGGCACGCUUUUGGUCGUUGUCAUAGUAAAAGGAAAACAAUGUAUACAUCGACUUGAGAUGUGGAUUGUGAACUUGUUAUAACUCUUUAAUUUCUGGUAGUUUUCUGAGUGUGGUA